AUGACCCGAACAAGCAGACGCCAUACCUCGUCAACUCGCCAGAACAACCGCCGCGAGGCGGAUCUGUUCGCUGAAUUUCGUAGCCGCGAUCUCGCUAUGUCAAUACCUAUCGUGGUACUUCAGCCCAUCCACACGAUUUGAAGGGCGUUCAAACACACCGACCAAAGCUGUUCAACAGCAACUGGUCCAGCCUCAAGCGUGUACUUGAUCUUAUGCUACGACUUGCACCGAGGAUGGCGCAGAGUCAAGACGCCGAAUCAAUGACUGGAUCGCCGAGCAGGUGGGCAACACUUCGUACUUCUCGGAUUGAUUCUCCGGAUUCGAAAAAGCUACUGAAUACUUGCCUUAUCCGCGUGCAGGCCGACUCUAAAGAGAUGAAGCGAACCAAGUCCGCCUUCGUCGCUAGCCAUGACUUGACUCCUGAAGUCCUCGCAUCCGAUCACAUCGACGCCCGGCUCGAUGCAAUCGCCGAAGACAACCCAUUAAUCAGCGGACGGGUUCGUACCUUGCUAUCACAAUGCGGAGACCCUCCACCGGCCGAGCCAAUCAAUCGCGACAAGGACCCAACAGCUUCCACUGAUGUCGAGAUGGAAGAAGCCACCCCGGAGAAUGGUUCCGAUCCGGGGCAAGAACAAGAGCCUGGUCACGAAAAAAGGCGUAUCGAGUUUGUGAGUGUUUCUGACCCUAGCUCGGCUGGGUAUCGCAGCGAACUGACACCAAAAAUCAACACGCUGGCCGCAGCUUUACCGCAGUGUCAUGGGUCAGAUCGCAUUCGCUUUCAACCGAAGGAACAACGCCAUGCAGCAUCGCAACGGUCUCAUGACUCUCGCAUGUGGAGCGAACGAACGAUUGACAAUGUUUCUGUACGAUUGCGGCUUGACGACAACUCGCUGGGCGACUCUCCAGGCAGCUGCGAGCUUGACGAAGGCGAAUUCGACGAAACUGAAGGAGAUUGGCUCGAACAAGUACUUCCAUGUGACCGUUGACAACAUCGACGUCACACAUCAUGUCAACGAUCGGCAAUUGGAUCGACGUACCGAGCUGCUUCAUGGAACUUUUGGUUACGCCCACAUUCAGAACGGAGAUAUUGCCGGCGCUUACAACCUUCGAGCCUACUCUGCACAUCAAGCGUCUUUACCGCGAGAACCCACCUGGGAACUUCGUGAUGAAGCCAAUCUGGCCGCAGCUCAUCGCCGCGCCUGGGAAUCCCGCUUCGGAGGAUUGGGCGUGUAG